AGUGUACUCGCUACUCGUUGCUUUACUGCAGUUGACUCGUUUUCUUUUCUUCCCCUCAUGGCUAUAAUUGCUUUUAUGUUUCUCCGAACUUUUCGUUCUGUUUUGUGUCUGUGAAUAUGUGUUUUGUCUUUUAAUUCUUGCUGGGCGGUGUAAAAUUUGUUGGUUCUUUUUGCACUUCUAUUUAUCAAGUUAGUCAGUCCUAGAUUUGGUUCAAUAUUUGUUGGGAUCAUUACCCAUAGGUGCUAUAUAUGGUCACAUAUUUUUGUGACUCGUUUAUUUACUUAUCGCUAUCAAUCUAUUUAUUCACCUGGAGAAACGAUUGGAUUACAUUUUUAUUGUAAAAAAUGGAUUUUUCCACAUGAAAAGUCAAUCUAGUGAAUUUUCACCAGAUUAUCUGCCAAUCAGUUAUAAUAACAUUCAUAAAAGUAGUGUUUCUGCUAUUAACACUACACAUCAUGGUGACAAUAACAGCAGUAAUAGUAAUAAUAACGUUUUAGCAUUUAAUCAAUGUUCAUCCGAUAUUCCACAACCUUUAAGCAAUCUUGUGAUUCCUUCAGUUUGUAUAGCACGUAAACUUAUUUGGUGCAAUCAAAAGUGUGAUAAUCCUGAUUGUUUAGUGUUCGCGAACCUUUUUCAUUUCGAUGGAAUGUGUAAUUUUGCCAGAUACAAGCUUGGCUUACGAGGUUGUUCAAUGGACAGGUGGUCAGUUUUUAAGGAAGUUGCUGAGCUUUUGCUAGGAGCAUGUGUACACCCCAACUGGCUUUCAUCAGUUAUUCAAGUUCGUCCUAGAAAUGGUUCUAUUAUUUUUUAUCGACGAGAAUUGGCCACCGUAGCACGUAAACAAGAUGGUUAUUUAUGGAAAAAGAAACCAAAUCGACGUACUACUAAAGAAGUUCACAUGGUCCUUAAAGUUCAAGGGAUCGAGUGUAUUAUCGCCAACUAUGCACAUUCCGCUUUAAUCUCUACGUUUCAUCGACGAACCUAUUCAUUAAGAUUUAAUCCUUCUAUUGUAUUAUUUCAUUAUUUGAAUGUACCCUUAUUAACUCAUGAGAAUAAACUUUGUUUACCAUUACCUAAUCUAAGUGAAAAUGAUCGUAAUGAAUUAACUUAUGCUCAACUUGUUGAACAGUUAGUGAAUAUGUUUGAUAAUUUCCCAAAACAUAUCAUGAAGCCUGGUGUUGACCAAAUUCUAAAUUUCGAUUUAAAUUUCUCUAAUUUAAUCCAGAUGCUGAGUGAUCAUAUUUGGAAUUCAUCAGUGAAUCCGAAUUCCCCUCCAUCAUCGUCAUUAUCAUUUCUGUCUGAUAAUUCAUAUAGAAACAUAACGAGUAGCAGUGUUGUGAAGAGUAUGUCUUCACUACAAUCUGAUAUAAAUCAUCGUCAUCAUCAUCAUCCGCACGCAGCUGUAUUUCUCCUUAUCACGCCCAAAUUAAAUGAUAAUUAUCAGACAAAUUUGGAAUUAGUCUUUUCGAAUAACAAGUCGUCUUGUCGAACAAAUCCUCAUACGCGAAAUAUUCGCGGAUAUCAGUUUUCAGAUAUAAUUAAUAACAAUAAUAAUGAAAAUAAUGAUGAUUACAUUCCAUUCAUAUUCUCUUCUUCAAAACCAAUAAAUAGAUAUUGUCAAAACAAUGAGACUUCUAAUUAUGAUAAUAACAAUAAUAUUAACUCAAAAAAUAAUGAUAAUAAUCCAGACAGGGAAGUAGAGGCAAGUUCUGCUGUGAACCAGUUAUUGUUUCCUGAUGAUAAUAAUAAUAAUAGUGUAGAAUCUAAUAAUUUGCUAUCUGAUGUUGUAAUUAACUGGGCGAAUGAUUAUCCCUAUUCAUUAUCACUAACAAUGAAUAACUUUGAAAAUUUUAACACAACAAAAAGCAUCGAGUCAAAUGAUAGUCCUGAUCAUCAAAAUGUCAAUGAUGUUGUUAAUCAUAAUCAUCAGUAUGUUAAUACUGAUGGUAGCACACAUUCCAAUGAUAACAUCACCACUACUUCUACUACUACUGCUAAUAAUGGUAAUAAUGAUUAUUUUCAUAUUAAUGAAGAAGAAGAAGUAGUAGUAGUAGAAGAUCCAACUAGAAUAACACCCAUUGAAAUAGGUUAUUCUGAUGAAUUAAUAAAUUUCACUGAUUUAAUCAUCACAUCAACAUCAACACCUUCACCAUUUAUUUCAACUUAUACUGAUGAAGACUUAGGACUUUUAUCAAAUGAAUUAAUUACUGAUAAUAAUCUACUUGGAAAUGAUUUUACAGCGAUAACAACCACAACAACUGCAAUAAGACCCACUAGCAAAAUAAUCAAUAAUGACUGUAAUGAUUGUUGCUGUGUAACAGAACAGCAUCAAUCUAAUCAUAAAUUCUUUUCAAAAGAACAUGUUUCCAGUGAGUUGUCGUCUAGUAAUUUCAAUGUUCAUACAAUAACUAAUAAUGGUAGAUAUGCUGUACAAAUUAAUCAUGUUAAUAUUGAUAAAGAAGUGAUAAAAAACAAUCGGUUCAAUAAUCCUAUCAGUGAAAUCGAUGAUAAUUUGAAUCUUGAAACUUGUAAGAAUAUCUACUCACCCAAUCAUCGUUUACCUCUGAUAACAAAUGUGUAUGAACCUGAAAAAAACGAAAGUUUUGAAAGCGGACAAUUUAAUUGCCAGCAAAAUGAUACUGCUUGUAAUCCAUUCAUAUCUGAUGGAGGAUACUCAGAGUACAGUUUUGGUCGGUGCAAUAAUAUAGAUUUGCUCAAAUUAAAGCUCUCAGAUGAUCUAUUACGUUGGAUAGUGUUUAUUCGCUUUAGUUCAUUAGCACCGGGUAUUCAUCUAUCCAUUGACAUUGAAGAUGAAUUCAUUUUAUUACCAAAUCAUAAAUCUAGAAUAUUUAGCAAGUCAUUUGAUGAAUCUAGUUAUAAUAGUACAUCAGUUACGUCGAAACAUAUGGAUGAUAUACAUUCUGACAAUGUUUCGAAUUCAAUGCUUAUAAAUUAUUUAACAAGUAACUUUGAUGAGUAUCCUAAGUUGAAUAUACCACUACGACAUGAUCAGUGUGCAGAUAAAUUGGAAAUGUAUUUAAUUCUACAACUAGUCGAAUGGAUGAAGAAAACAGAUAAUAUUAGUAAUAAUAAUAGUGAUAGAACAAAUCAAAGUUCUGUCAGUUACUUAUUAGAAGCUGAAAAUGAAUUUGAUGAGUUCAAUAUUCAACAAUUACAAGAACAAAUGUCUUCAUUGAAGAUAGAUAUUUCUCUUUUAAGUUGUGCAGCUGCUUUGGGUUAUUCUGAACUGAUACUAGGACUGUUGCAAUGGGCUGUACGAAUUUAUUGUAAUCAACCUACAUCAUUCUUUACAGAUCACUGUGGUACAACUUUACAGUCAGAUGUCGAUACAGAUUUAUCUAGGAUCUUAUCUCUUUUACAUGAUUUGACCCCAAAUAAUUCCCCCUCCCCUGCUUAUCCAACACUCACACCAUUGGGUUCAGCUAUUCUGUACGAACAGGUUGUAACAACGAAGCUCUUAGUAGUAUGGGAUCCAGAUGCUCUUCAUAAACCUUGUUUAUAUAAUUCAUUAUCGUCGUGUUCAAAAUUGGGUGAUGAGUUUACGCCAGAAAAAUUAGCAUUGGUUAUCAAAAGUGAAUCUAUGCAAAAGUGUAUUGAACAAUUAGAAGUACAAUAUUUUUCAUCGAAUGCACAAAAUUAUGCAACAGAUACUGUUAGAACUAAAUUAGAAAGACUUAUUAAUUAUACGGAAACAUUUACACUACCAAAUCAUAUUGAUCUAACGGAAAUUGAUGUUAAUACAAAACCAUCGUCAUUUACUCACUCAUUGUUAUAUACACAAUCGAAUAUGAUUAAGUUAGACUAUUCAAAGCAAAAUUAUAGUCUAGACGUAUCUAUUGAUGAUGAUGAUAUUCCAGGAGAAGAAUCACUUUAUCACUCCACAUCGUUACAUAAUAUCUGUAGUACAAGUUAUCAUUCAAAAAUUUUAAAGUCUUUACCAACACCAGCAGCCAAUCAGUUUGUAGAUAAUUCAGAUAAUUUUAAAUAUGCAGUCGAAAAUAACAACAAUUCGUUCGAUACUCAUCAUCAACUUUAUGAGGAUGACAUUACUUUGAAUUCAAAUAUAAAACGUAAAAAUAUAUGUACCUGGCGUAAACAAACAUACAAUCGACGUCAUCAUUGUCAUAAUGUUCGUUUAGAUUCAACUUCUCUUUAUGCUAGUGUAACAAAUUUAAUGAAUGAUGAUCAUUCUCAAAUGUUUUGUUUAGCUGACAGAAUAAUUGAAGCUAUGCCUAGGCGUAUUGUUAAUCUUCAUAAUCAAAAUUGUGAUGAUCUGCUAUCAACCCAUGUAGAUUAUGAUAAUAAUUAUAAUGGUGAAGAGUCCCAUUCUUCUUCUAUCCAGUUUUCUGAUUCAGCUUUAGGUGAAAGUAUUGCUUUGAGUCGACCACCAGUUGACCAACUCAAAUCACAUUCUUCAUUGUUGCAUUAUGAACCAUUCACUUUAGCCACUAAUACUAAUUCUAUUACUAAUCCUAUUCAGUUAACAAAUAAUGAUGAUACAAACAAAUAUUCAGUUAAAAUCUUUCCAAAUAUAACAACAAAAUCAUUUAGUAAUAAUCAUAAAAAUAAUAAAUCAAUUGGUUCAUUUAAUUCACUUCCAUCGAAACGACCUUAUCGUGAUAAAUAUUUGACAUUAUAUAACAGUUUUAGAUAUCGUGGUGUUGGUAUCGAUGAUUAUCCAGAGAAUAAAGUGAAUCAUCAGUUAAAAAGUGCUUUACUUAGUUUUCAUGAACCUUUGAGAAGAAGAUCAUAUUUUACUCCUCCUAUUCAAAAAAAUAGAAGUAAAUUGAAAACUUUCAAUGAUGAUGAUGAAAUCAGUGUUGAAUUGAAUUCUCAUGAAACUGGAGUUAUCACGUCGAAUUCAAUGUUCGAUACACCUUUUAGUUCUACUAGUUUUAUGAGUUCAGAUCUAAAUAAUGAAAAUGAUUUUGAUGUACUUCGAUAUGAUCGUCAAGGGAAAUCAUUAAGCGCUUUCAGUUUAAAUAGUCCACCACCGUCUACAGCACAAAUUGCUGAACAUUUUAAUGCAGUACCAGGAAAAUUUAUGGAAACUGACUUAAGUAGAUUAACUCUAUCGGAUAUGGAACAGAAACGUUUAUACGAAGCAGCCAAAAUUAUACAGAAAUAUUAUCGAGCUUAUAAAAAACACAAUCAGUCGGCGAUUAUUCAAAAUAAUAAUAAGAAAUUGUCCAAUACAUUUAUACCUAAUCAUGUUUUAUGCUCUUCAUCAAACCAUGAUUAUACUACUGAAACAGAUUUAAGUACUUUUGAUAAAUCUUUAUCCAAUAAUAAUGCUUAUUCAAAAAGUGUGUGUGAUGUUAACAACACGCAUCAGAUUGUACACCAACUUCAGCAGAAUAGCAAUACUGUCAUCUCUCUAACUGAUAAACAAGAAUGGAAUAAUGAUGUUUUACUGGGUUUCGAAAAUGAUACAUCUGUAGGCCUUGAAGUGGAAAUAGAAACAUCAUACGAUAAUACAAUAACCAAUGAUAAUGAUAAUUCAUAUCAAGUUCAGUCUAUUCAGUCUGGUCAAUUGUCUUUACCUGGAGAAACAAAUUCCACUUGUUGUUUGAAAACAACAACUAACUUUUCCAAUUGUAUCUCAACUUCAAUACAAUCAUUGAAUUCACCACAACCAUCAAUGACUUCAUCAUCCAGUGGGCCAUGUAAUAAAGAAAUUGAGGCUGCAAUUAUUAUUCAAAGUUAUUAUAGACGUUAUAAACAGGUACUUAGUAUAUUUAUCUGUCGUUUAUUUACUUUCCACUGUAACCAGUAACGUAUUGAUUUAUUUAAUGGAAACUUUCCAUGAGACAAUUAUUAUUGAAUAUUUGUUAGAAAUUAUUCUUUAUGAAUGCUAUAGCAUGUUUGUGUCAUCUUCUAUUUCUCGUCAUUUGAUUUACAGACAAAUAGAAAUGAAUUCACCUUACUUCACAAUGUUCGUUAAUUUUGCUUUAGAAAAAUUAAUGUGACACGACAAUUUCUCUUGUUUCUUGUCUUUUUUGAACUCAUUUUGGAAAAAAUUCAUCAGAUUUAUAUUAUGACAAUUAAGCUACUUAACUUGACUAACAUUAAGAUGAAUUUUUCUCAGUAUCAUGUGGCUGGAGGAAAUUGGGAAAAAGUCCUCGAUCGAGGUUUCGUACUGAUUGAUAGACAUCAAUAUGGUGUAUCUACGAUCUUCUGAAAACUAAUCACUAGAAAUUCAAACCAGUUCCACAUAGCACCGCAGUCAGAGAUUUUAGCAAUUAGCUAUUUGAAUUACGACUGACCUGUGGAACUCUAAUAAUAACACAAAUCGGUAACUUAAUGAAUAUUUGAGUUCAUCGAGAAGAGCUACUGAAUGCUCGGUGUCUACAAAGAUUAAUACGUGUUUGUGUAUAUGAUUAGUUGUAGCAUUCAACUUUUUUUUCUAUUUCAUUAGUAUGCAUAUUAUAAACGAUUAUGUCAAGCUGCACUUUUAAUUCAAAAUCGAUAUCGUUGGUAUGUAAAUCGAAAGAAGAAUGGUAAUAGCGCGGGAGUUUCAGCUGGUCCUAAACUUAGAAAACCUAGAUCAAGUCAAUGUAAUAAUCCACGAUACAGGUCAGUAUGUACACGAAAACCAAAGGUGAAUAAUAACACAGGUGGUGAAGUAAAUAUCGGAUUUCCGGAUGCAUAAGACAUCGAUCCGCUACCCGGUUAUCUUCAUUCAACAACACUCCUUAUAUCCCUUUAAUCAAUUCACAUCAUGUAAAUUCACCUUCAAGAUUUAUUUGUUUUGAAGAGCAUUUAAUUGAAUCCUAUGAUAAUCAUCCACAACGUUUUUAAAAUAAUUCAUCUAUUGUUUAAAUGAUAGUAAUGUUUAUACUUAGUUCAAUGUUGUUUAUGUUAUCGCUAUUUGUGUGUUGUAUUGACAUUGUUCAUUUCAUUCAAUAAGGGCCUUUGUGCUUUAAACUUAUUUAAUUUUCAUUCAUUUUGAUAUACAUGUUAUGCAAUUGUUACAAAGAUGAUUUUUAUUCAUUUAUUUACUUUUCCUCUAUUUUCCGACAAUUUGCUCACAGGUGAUAAAAUUAAUUUCCUUUCUCUCGAGACAAUAAUAAUAACAAUGAUAGGAAUAUAAUAUUAUUUCAAUUAGUUAUGACAGCUAUAUUUUUGAUUAUGUUUGCUUGCCUUUUGCCAGCCUUUUUCUUUUCAUUUUUAGUUUUCUUCAUCCUGAAUUUACUUAAUCGUAUUUCGACUCUGUCGUUUCUGCAUAACUUCUUUCCAUCAAAUCGUGAUCUCUAAUACAACUUUACUCAUGAUUUAUCUUGUCAGUUUUAUUCUUCUUUCACUCAUGUGUCUAACAUUUUCAUCUUGAUGGACACAAGAAAUCGAUACAUGCACUUACGCCUGUUACCCUUUGUGAAGGAUCAUAGGUCACCCACCAGCAUUCUCCAUAGAACUCUGUCCUCGACACACGUACACACAGUAACAAUAGCACCAUUAUUGACACUUGGCUUUGUCGUUUUGCUUUCAGGUUAUUUUGUUUAUAUUUAUGUUCUUAGUAUUUCUUUAACUAUUAUUGUAACCUAGUCUUUCCUCUGAAAAAGAUUCAUUUUCCUUAUUCAUUUAUUGAUAAUUGAUUACACUCACGCACAAGUGAUGAAAACCACUGUUUUUAGAAAUAAUUAUCUACUCACAGCUGUCGACUUCCUAUUUAUCUUUGUUAUUAUUAAAAUUAUUGCUUUUUGCUAAUUUACUUGAACAGAUGAAGCAACCUAGAAAAAAAGAUCAUAAUAUUUAUUUAUUAUUGAAUGCGUC